AUGAGGCCUCUGCACCCAAAAUCUCCCCAUGCGGGCCAUCAAACUAUGGGCUGAGAAGAACUCAACAGCAAUGUUUUGCCUCUGGCAGGAGUAUGACCCCAGCAAAGCGACCUUUGUGAAGGUGGUACCAACCCCCAACAAUGGCUCCACCGAACUCGUGGCCCUGUACCGUGACAAGGGCGAAGACGGGCUUGAGGUGCUGUCCUUUGAAUUCCAGAAGAUUAAGUAUUCCUACGAUGGCCUGGAGAAGAAGCAGUUCCUCCCUGUGGCCUUUCCGGUGGGAAAUGCCUUCUCAUACUAUCAGGGCAACAGAGGGUUCCAGGAAGACUCAGAGAUCCGAGCAGCUGAGAAGAAAUUUGGGAGCAACAAUUUAGUUUACCCCAAACCUGCCUGCUGGCAGGAACCCCCAGAGGGCCUGGAGCCCUUGCCUUGUGGCGUGAAACCCCGAGUGUGCCACUCUUGGCGGGAGCUGGCCCGUGGCCCCUUCCCAGGGAGGCCUGCAAUGCCCCGAGCAGAGUUGUCAAGGUGGGGCUUCCACACCCCAGAGGCCUUGCGGAACAUGUGGGAGAUCCGGAGGAUGGGCAACAAGCCCCACGUGAUCCAGGUAUACCGAAGCCGCAAGUGGAGGCCCACCGCCAGCGACAAGAUUGUUCCCGGGGACAUCGUCUCCAUCGGCCGCUCCCCGCAGGAGAACCUGGUGCCCUGCGACGUGCUGCUGCUGAGGGGCCGCUGCAUUGUGGACGAGGCCAUGCUCACUGGGGAGUCGAUGCCGCAGAUGAAGGAGCCAAUCGAAGACCUCAGCCCAGACCGGGUGCUGGACCUCCAGGCUGACUCCCGGCUCCACGUCAUCUUUGGGGGCACUAAGGUGGUACAGCACAUCCCCCCACAGAAAGCCACCGCAGGCCUGAAGCCGGUCGACAACGGGUAUGUGGCCUACGUCCUGCGGACUGGAUUCAACACGUCCCAGGGCAAGCUGCUGCGCACGAUCCUCUUUGGGGUCAAGCGGGUGACCGCAAACAACGUGGAGACCUUCAUCUUCAUCCUCUUCCUCCUGGUGUUUGCCAUCGCUGCUGCCGCCUACGUGUGGAUUGAAGGCACCAGGGACCCCAGCCGGAACCGCUACAAGCUGUUUCUGGAGUGCACCCUCAUCCUCACCUCGGUCGUGCCCCCUGAGCUGCCCAUCGAGCUGUCCCUGGCCGUCAGCACCUCCCUCAUCGCCCUGGCCAAGCUCUACAUGUACUGUACGGAGCCCUUCCGCAUCCCCUUUGCUGGGAAGGUCGAGGUGUGCUGCUUUGACAAGACGGGAACCUUGACCAGUGACAGCUUGGUGGUACGCGGCGUGGCUGGGCUGAGAGAUGGGAAGGAGAUGACCCCCGUGUCCAGCAUCCCAGUACAAACACACCGGGCCCUUGCCACAUGCCACUCCCUCGUGCAGCUUGAUGACGGCACCCUCGUGGGUGACCCCCUCGAGAAGGCCAUGCUGACCGCUGUGGACUGGACACUGACCAAAGAUGAAAAAGUAUUCCCCAGAAGUAUUAAAACUCAGGGGCUGAAAAUUCACCAGCGCUUUCAUUUUGCCAGUGCCCUGAAGCGGAUGUCUGUGCUUGCCUCGUACGAGAAGCUGGGCUCCACUGACCUCUGCUACAUCGCAGCUGUGAAGGGGGCCCCCGAAACCCUGCACUCCAUGUUCGCCCAGUGCCCGCCCGACUACCACCACAUCCACACUGAGAUCUCCCAGGAAGGAGCCCGCGUCCUGGCACUGGGGUACAAGGAGCUGGGGCACCUUACCCACCAGCAGGCCCGGGAGGUCAAGCGCGAGGCCCUGGAGUGUGGCCUCAAGUUCGUCGGCUUCAUCGUGGUCUCCUGUCCGCUCAAGGCCGACUCCAAAGCCGUGAUCAGGGAGAUCCAGAACGCGUCCCACCGGGUGGUCAUGAUCACAGGAGACAACCCGCUCACUGCCUGCCACGUGGCCCAGGACAAGGCCCACACGCUGAUCCUGCAGCCUCCCUCGGAGCAAGGCCGACCGUGCGAGUGGCGCUCCAUCGACGGCAGUAUUGUCCUGCCCCUGGCCCAGGGGUCCCCGAAGGCGCUGGCCCUGGAGCAUGCGCUGUGCCUCACAGGCGAUGGCCUGGCCCACCUGCAGGCGGCCGACCCCCAGCAGCUGCCCCGCCAACCCCACAUGCAGGUGUUCGCCCGAGUGGCCCCCACACAGAAGGAGUUCGUCAUCACCAGCCUGAAGGAGCUGGGCUACGUGACCCUCAUGUGCGGGGACGGCACCAACGACAUGGGUGCCCGGAAGCACGCUGAUGUGGGUGUGGCGCUCCUGGCCAAGGCCCCUGAGCGGGUUGUUGAGCAGCGACGGCGGCCCCGGGACAGCCCCACCCUGAACAACAGUGGCAUCAGGGCCACCUCCAGGACAGCCAAGAAGUCGGGGCUCCCGCCCCCUGAGGAGAAGCCGGCCUCGCAGAAGGACCGUCUGAGCCAGGUGCUUCGUGAUCUCGAGGACGAGAGCACGCCCAUCGUGAAGCUGGGGGACGCCAGCAUCGCCGCGCCCUUUACCUCCAAGCUCUCGUCCAUCCAGUGCAUCUGCCACGUGAUCAAGCAAGGCCGCUGCACACUGGUGACCACACUGCAGAUGUUCAAGAUCCUAGCGCUCAACGCCCUCAUCCUGGCCUACAGCCAGAGCGUCCUCUACCUGGAGGGAGUCAAGUUCAGCGACUUCCAGGCUACCUUGCAGGGGCUGCUGCUGGCCGGCUGCUUCCUCUUCAUCUCCCGUUCCAAGCCCCUCAAGACCCUCUCCCGAGAGCGUCCCCUACCCAACAUCUUCAACCUGUACACGAUCCUCACCAUGAUGUUCCAGUUCUUCGUGCACUUCCUGAGCCUUGUCUACCUGUACAGGGAGGCCCAGGCCCGGAGCUCUGAGAAGCAAGAGCCGUUUGUGGACCUGUACAAGGAGUUUGAGCCAAGCCUGGUCAACAGCACCGUUUGCAUCAUGGCCAUGGCCAUGCAGAUGGCCACCUUUGCCAUCAACUACAAGGGCCCACCCUUCAUGGAGAGCCUUCCCGAGAACAAGCCCCUGGUGUGGAGCCUGGUAGUACUCCGGGCUAUCAGCCUGCUCCUUGGCUCCUCGCCCGACUUCAACAGCCAGUUUGGCCUCAUGGACAUCCCUGUGGAGGUGAGUGGCCCUGAGGCUACUGGGGCUCGGCUGGGGCCUGGCUGCUAG